CUUUCAUUGCAGAUUCAAUAUUUUACUUGUGUGCCAUAAAUGUUAUUUAUUAUGAGAACAAAAUUUGAAUGUGAAUUGAACAUCAAUUCCUUAAUAGCAUCACUAUUUAACCCAAAUUAAUUCCAUUUAUUGUAGUUGGAUGAAGAUGAAUUUGUUGCUCACUAGUUGAUGCCAGCUGUAAUUUUCUAGGAUUUGAUAUCAAUUUUUAGUACUUUCAACAUUCAAGGAAAAUAUGAAGAUCACUGUGAAAAAGUUGCAGGGUGGGGAGUGCAACAUUGAGGUUAGGGGCGACAUGCUUGUCUCAGAAUUGAAAGGCAGCUUAGAAGGGCUUCUGGGUGUGCCCCCAUCUGCUCAAACUCUGGUGCUUGCAGGCAAAACUUUGACAGAUAGCACAAGCAUGGAGGCUGCGGGGGUGAAGGAAGGCUCCAAGCUUCACCUCAUGACACGUCGGACUGACACGGCUCACAAAAAUAUGACCAAUGGAAGGACCGUGAGCGACGCCUCAUCAGACGAGCUGUUCACAUCUCUCUCCAAGAUUCUCAAUAAACAUGUCAGCCCCCAACAGAGCGCCAAAAUACUUGAAGAGUUUAAAAAAAAAUGUGCCGAGAUGAGUAGCAGUAUGAACCUAGAAGAUAUUCAAAAAUUUGUCAAUAGCGAUUUCACCGAAUUUUGAGUCUACGCAAUCACGCAAUCCUGUGCGCGAACCACGAUCCUCAAGUCCCACGAAGCUGAUUGAUUAUGAGUUUGAUUUAAUUUAUACUUAGGAAUAAAGUUCAUUUACGUGAUA